GGGGGCUUGUGGGUAUCAUAAUGCAGGCCUGGGGCACUACAGUGGUGACCCUGGCCAUGCUGAUGGCUGCCCCUGUGGAUGCCAAGAUCUACGAACGCUGCGACCUGGCAAUGAAGCUGGAGGAGGCGGGCCUCAAUGGCUUCAAGGGCUACACCAUUGGAGACUGGCUGUGCGUGGCACACUAUGAGAGUGGCUUUGACACCUCCUUCGUGGACCACAAUCUUGAUGGCAGCAGUGAAUAUGGCAUUUUCCAGCUGAACUCCGCCUGGUGGUGUGACAAUGGUGUUACACCCACCCAGAACCUCUGUCACAUGGAGUGUCAUGAGCUGCUCAACCGCCAUAUUCUGGAUGACAUCAUGUGUGCCAAGAGAGUAGUGUCCUCACAGAGCGGUAUGAGUGCCUGGGAUUCUUGGAGCCGGCACUGUUCUGGCCAUGAUUUAUCUGAAUGGCUUAAGGGUUGCCAUAUGUAUGCAAAACCUUAUACAACAAAAAUUUAUUCAUGA